GUGUUAGCAUAAGUAUGGGAUUGAUUUUCAUGACCUUCGCCACCUAUGUGUUAUACAAAGUCAUCAAGAAAACAAAGGCCAAGAGACGAAAASAAAGGUUAUAUAAACGCAAUGGUGGUUUACUUCUUGAGCAACAGGAGGCAACYAAUACUGGUUUAGUUGAUCAUAGAACCAUACUUUUCACCUCCAAGGACUUGGAGAAGGCCACCAACCAUUUUCACGAUAACCGAAUUCUUGGUCGAGGAGGUCAAGGCACUGUGUAUAAAGGCAUGUUAGCCGAUGGAAGGAUUGUCGCAGUUAAGAAAUCUACAGUUGUUGACGAAAGCCGACUAGCUCAGUUCAUCAACGAGGUUGUCRUUCUUUCACAACUCAAUCAUCGGAAUGUGGUCAAGCUAUUGGGAUGUUGCCUAGAGACAGACGUUCCUUUGCUUGUCUACGAAUUCAUAUCUAAUGGCACCUUGUACAACCUUAUUCAAAACGACACCGAUGAUUUCCCAUUUUCUUUGAGCAUAAGAUUACAAAUAGCUGCCGAGGUUGCAGGAGCACUUUCUUACUUACAUUCCGCAACUUCCAAUCCGAUAUACCAUAGGGACAUCAAGACCAGUAACAUACUUUUGGAUGAAAAAUACAGAGCCAAAGUUUCUGACUUUGGAACUUCAAGAUUAGUAUCAGUAGAUCAAACCCACUUAACCACGUUAGUCAAAGGGACAUUCGGUUACUUUGAUCCGGAGUACUUCCAAUCU